GUGCAAUCGACGAAUGGAAUAACCAUAUUUUCUUGGUUUUUAUUGUGCGUUGCCAUUCAGUUUAUGUUCAAUUAAUCAAAAGUUUUAAAGAAAAGAAUAAUAUCAAAUACAUAAAUCGUGAAAAUUUUGUUAUGAUGGAGGUCGUUCACUGCACUAGAUACUGCAAACGCAUUGCAUCGAAAUGUUAGGGUACAAUUAAAUAGCAUAAAAUCUUCACAUUUCAAUCCAACAACUAUAAUUACAAUUAUUUCAUCUAAGUCAAUAAAUUGGCUACCGACAACCUAUUUUAAAACAAUAAAAAAUACACACACUCACACAUAUAGUCGCAAUUGUGACGCAAUAUUUUAACAAACCAUAACAAAGAAAUCAAAUUAAACAGAAACGCUGGAAGCGACCGUGAUUGUGUGUGUGAUAAAACGGCGUUAAAGUGACGGACGAUAAGAAAUUUGUUGCCAAAAUGCCAUCGGCAGCAAGGCCGGGCAGUCUAAAAGAUCCGGAAAUUGCUGAAUUAUUUAAUAAACAUGAUCCAGAAAAAAUAUUCGAAGAUCUUCGUGAAAUCGGUCACGGUUCAUUUGGGGCUGUGUACUAUGCACGAUGUACGCUCACCAAGGAAAUUGUUGCGAUCAAGAAAAUGUCGUAUGUUGGACGACAAAGUAUGGAAAAAUGGCAAGAUAUUCUCAAAGAAAUUCGAUUUUUACGUCAAUUAAGUCAUCCAAAUACGAUCGAAUACAAAGGAUGCUAUUUACGUGAGAAUACCGCAUGGCUGGUGAUGGAAUAUUGUGUUGGUUCAGCAUCUGAUAUUAUUGAAGUGCAUAAACGACCAUUGCGCGAAGAAGAGAUAUCAGCAAUCUGUGAUGGUGUACUGCAAGGCUUGAGCUAUUUACACAGUUUGGGCCGAAUACAUCGUGAUAUUAAAGCUGGCAAUAUUUUGCUUACCGAACAGGGUGUUGUUAAAUUGGCCGAUUUUGGAAGUGCAGCAAUCAAGUGUCCGGCAAAUAGCUUUGUGGGCACACCGUAUUGGAUGGCGCCCGAAGUGAUUCUAGCCAUGGACGAAGGUCAGUACGAUGGCAAAGUCGAUGUGUGGUCACUUGGUAUUACAUGCAUCGAAUUGGCCGAACGUAAACCACCAUAUUUCAAUAUGAAUGCAAUGGCCGCACUUUAUCAUAUUGCACAAAAUGAUGCACCAUCACUUCAGUCACUAGAUUGGUCGGAAACAUUUCGAAGUUUUGUCACUGAAUGCCUCAAUAAAAAUCCACUCAGUCGGCCCACAUCCUAUAAACUGCUAUCGCAUCCGAUUGUUAAGAAGCAACGAACGACAAACGUAUUGGUUGAAUUGAUUGCCCGAACGAAGGCGGCCGUACGUGAAUUGGACAAUUUGAACUAUCGCAAAAUGAAGAAAAUUCUAAUGGUCGACUCAUGCGAAACGGAGAGUACAAUUGGCGAUUCGGAGGAAACAAAUGACGAACAAACGGGCGGUGACAGCAGCAAAAGCAACAGCAUUACGUCGGAACAUUCGAUUCAAUCGGUUGGCAUUUCGGCAAAUAGUAGCCAGAGUUCGUCAAGCAAUUCAAUUCCACAAAAUCAACAUCAUGGCGGUGCGAUUUCACGGGCAUCAUCACGCCACCGUAAUCCAAUGCCACCGCCAAUCAAUGCAAAUAUGAAUAAUAAUUUGCCACCGCAAUUGUCACAACAUCAAUACCAUCAAUUACAGCCAAAUCUAUCAUCAUCUUCAAUUAAUCAAAUGAAUAUAAUGCCUAAUUUUGCUGGAUCUAGUUCAAGUCAUUAUGUAAAUCAUUUGCCACAACAGGCCAUGGUGAAUGCGGUUUCCGAGCAUGGUGCCAACAAUUUUGCAACCAUACGAACGACCAGCAUCGUUACAAAACAACAAAAAGAGCACAUGCAAGAGGAAAUGCAUGAGCAAAUGUCCGGCUACAAGAGAAUGCGACGAGAACACCAGGCUGCUCUCGUUAAGCUCGAAGAGAGAUGCAAAGUCGAAAUGGAAAAUCAUAAAACCGCCUUAGACAAAGAGUAUGAUAUGAUAUUGCAUAAUUUUACCAGAGAAUUGGAUCGAUUAUCGGUUAAGCAUCAACAAGAACUAGAAAAACGGGUGAAACAACACAAUGCUGCCGAAAAGAAAUUGUUCAAAGAGAUUUCAUUGAAACAGGAAGGCGAUCGCAAGAAUUGGGAAUUGAAUAAGAAACGCGAAUACAAAGCGAACAAAGAGCGAUGGAAACGUGAAUUAUCGAUGGACGAUUCGACGCCAAAACGACAACGAGAUGCAACAUUGCAAUCGCAAAAGGAUAAUCUAAAGCAGGCUGAAGCACAAGAAGAGACUCGGCUACUCAAAGGUCAAAAGGGCUACAUUGAAUUGGAGAUGCGAAAAUUCAAACGACGAAAAAUGCUCAUCUUUCAUGAGCUAGAAAAUCAAUUAUUGCACGAUGAAUUGAGCAAAAAACAACAACAACUGGAGCAGGCACAUGAGAUGUUGUUAAAACAUCAUGAAAAAACACAAGAACUAGAAUAUCGCCAACAAAAGAGUGUACAUAAUUUGCGUGAAGAACAAAUAGCCAAACAGCAUGCAACUGAAUUGCAAAAUCAACGAGAUUAUACAGAACGUGCCGAAAAGGAAUUAUUACGCAAGCAUGCGGCUGAAGUGAAACAACAGCCCAAGAGUUUAAAGCAAAAAGAGCUACAGAUCCGAAAACAGUUCCGUGAAACGUGCAAAACUCAAACUAGACAAUAUAAGGCAUUGAAAUCGCAAAUAUUGCACACAACACCGAAAGAAGAACAAAAAGCUGUGAUAAAGAAAUUGAAAGAAGAACAACAUCGGAAAUUAACUCUAUUGGGUGAACAGUAUGAACAAACCAUAGCCGAUAUGCUGCAAAAGCAAAGCUUACGAUUGGAUGAAAGUCAAGAGAUCGAGUGUCAAACAUUGAAGGAACGAUUGCAAUACGAAUUAGAGAUUUUGAUGGCAUAUCAAAGUAAAAAUCGUAUGCAAGCGCAGUCACAACGUGAUCGCGAGCGAAAAGAACUUGAAGACAGAGUCAGUGUUCGACGUUCAUUACUUGAGAAUAAGAUGGACGCUGAAUUGCAACAAUUCAAUAACGAACGUGCUGAACGAAUAAGACAAUUGAAUGAGAAGCACGAGAAAGAGAUGGAAACAUUCGAUGACGAGUCAACUCGAUUGGGUUUCAGUUCAUUGUCUUUGGCCGAAUCAUCAAAAGAAUGUUAUCCAGAUGAGGAGGGAAGUUUAUCUGGAUCGAUGAUUAGCCUAGCGCAUAGCAAUAGUUCAACAAGUUUUCCAUAUAUAGCAAACGAAAGCCAGAAAUAGUAUUGAUUUGAGAGUGAAUUGCAUUAAUUUAAAUCAAUAACAACCGAAAAUGAAAAUCAAAGAAAAUACCCGAAAACAAAAAUCAACACUCAUUUUAAGCUUCACACACGCAUACACUCACAAAACUACCUAUUCACCACGUCCUCUCCUACAAUACACAUUCAUAUAGUGUCACCUCAUAGAGAAAAUUAUAAUCUGUUAACUUGUACAGUAAAAGAAAAACAAACAAACUA